AACCUACCUUAAGUAUUGAUUGCGAAUAUUCAGUAUUUUGUGACUUACGAAUUAUCCGAGUUGUCGCUGGAAUAAUUUCUACAAUAACAAGGAGUCUAAAUACGAGUGAACAAAUUGCAUUUAUCGGCAAAAUAUUUGAACUAUUCACACAAGGAAAUACUAGUUAUCUUCAGUCCCUGUUAUCUGAAACAAACGUUCCGUUCAAUCCGUUAGCAUUAGAAUCAAGUUCGUACCAGAAGAACCUAACCUUAUGUUUCACAGCCGCUAUAGGAUCUAUUCGGCAAGAGGUCCAAUCUACAUUAUCAGAUAUAUUUGAAUUCCUGACAAAGAUAGUUAGGAUUUGCUUAUACACUACAAACGAAGUACAGCAAGAUUCCUUGGCUCAAUUAGCUGCUUCAAUAUUAAAUAAGUGGGAUCAAGAACCUGAAUUAAUGCAAUUUAUACGAGAACAAGUUCUUGGUGAAUUGUUAGAUCAACUAUCUUUCGCAUCUGGGUUAGAAACUACUAGACGUAAGUCUUUAUAUCUCUUUCUUUGGCUCACCAAAGCAUUAGUGUUACGCACGCAUCAACUUGGCUAUGAUUGUACUGGCAAAGUCAUAAAUCUAUUUAGCGAUCCUACUUUGGGCAAACAAUGUGCUGAAGGUAUUGGUAUUAUUAUUGGUGAGAAUGAAAUCUUAAGUCGACAGGGAUUUGCGGUCUUGAAG